GUCAUGAUUCACCUCCCAUGACCGCGCUUUAAGGCUCGGUCGAGACUCAGUGUCCUCCUUCACCAGGAGCACCACGCUGCUGCGUUUUUGCUUCGGAUCGAUCUUCUGUAGGAAUUUUCAGCCAGGAACAGAUUGUGGGUUGUUCAUGCCUCGCGGACACGGAGUAGUGCAUGCGAAAUUUUUGUCGUGGACAGUCUGUGGUUUCUGGUUUGGUGAAAUUUUUUGCUGUGAUGCCCUGCGCCUUCAGCUAAGUUGGGAGACAGUGUAGGAUGCUGUGGUUCGGGAGUCAUGCGGUGUUCGGUUUAUUUCCAGGGUGAUAGGCGAUGCGGUAGAGGGAUUGAUGGGAAGAGAGGAGCGGACUUGAUUGCAGCCAUCAUGAGGAAGCGCGACUUGGGAAUUCUGUUGCUCUCGGCGUUGUCCAUUUUCUAUUCGCUCCAGAACGAAGGGAGCCUUUCGUUUCGACCAGCGUGGGUGCAUUACAAGAAUAGUUCACCUAUAAAGCACGAAGCGGAGCGUCUACCACCGCCAGUUGUUGCCGAUCUGAAUGGAGAUGGUCACGUGGAGGUUGUUGUGGCCUCCGAAGACAAUCUUCAGGUUCUCGACCCACGGGUGUCAUUCGCUGAGAAUGGAUUUUCGCAAGCAGGGGUGUUGGCGGAAGUUUCUCUCCUGCCGGAUAGAGUGCGAGUGAGCGCUGGAAGGAGACCGGUUGCUCUAGCUGCAGGCGAGGUGAAACGCUUCUACAGAGCGCAGGAUUUGAAGAAGAAAGUGAUCGUGGUCGUGACAGCUGGGUGGAGCAUCAUGUGCUUUGACCACAAUUUGAAGAAGCUUUGGGAAGAUGAUGUUCAGGAUGACUUUCUACACGGUUCUCACCACAAAGAAGUGGCUAUCUCCAUCAGCAACUACACCUUGAAGCAUAGAGAUACUGGACUGAUCAUCGUGGGCGGGAGUAUGGAGGUUCAGCCUCAGAUGCACUUGGAUCCGUUUGAAGAGGAAUGGCUCGCUGAGAAAAUGUUUGAGAGUCACCGACGUGCAGCUGGUGCCAAAGAGGAGGGAGAGGAUGUGACAAAGAAGAUGGAUGGUGGCAAGGAGCGACAUUUUUCAUACUACGCAUAUGCCGGUAUGAGUGGCACUCGUCGGUGGGUUCAUAGAAGUGAGGACUUUCAACGUGCUACCAACGCUGGCGCAUUGCAACCGCAACACAAUUACAAGUUGGAUGCGAGCUCGCUUGCUACUCGGCACCUUGGAGAGGUUGAAUGCAGAGAAUUCCGGGAGUCAGUUCUAGACGUAAUGCCACAUCGAUGGGAGCACAGAGAGGACACAAGAUUCGAGUUGGCACAUUUUCGGAAACAUCGCCGAAAGUUGGUGAAGAAGAUGCAGGGCAAAGGCGGUAGUAUCCCAUCUGAGAAACCUGCGGACAAAAGUGCUCCAGGCAAGGAUGCGCAUGGUAAUCCCAUUGCCAAAGUUGUGGGCAAGGCUGCCGACCUAGCAGUUGGUGCGAAAGUUAAGAAGCAACAAUUUCAGUACGUUCCGAUGAUAACGAAUCACACGUCGUUUUGGUGGGUUCCCAAUGUGGUUGUGGCACACCUGAAGGAAGGGAUCGAGGCUGUACACUUGGCUACUGGCCGGACUGUGUGCAAGCUGUUUCUACCCGAAGGAGGCCUUCAUGCAGAUGUCAACGGUGAUGGGGUUCUUGAUCAUGUUCAGGCUGUUGGAGGUCAUGGAUCAGCACGUAUAGUGCCAACUGGAAUGACGGAAGCUCUGAAGCCGUGCUGGGCGAUUGCUACUUCAGGUGUACCUGUGAGGGAGCAACUUUUUAAUGGCACAGUGUGCCGGCAUUCACCUUUUCAAAUUUUCCGUUACCACGAGUUUUCUGGUGAAUUCGGGCGACGGCCGCAUCCAGGAGAUGCUCAAGAGUUUGUAGAAGUUCUUGCUCCAAUCAUUCUGCCACAUCCAGAUGGCCAGCGCCACCGCAAGGGGAGUCAUGGUGACGUUGUCUUCCUGAAUAGCCGUGGAGAGGUUACCUCUUUCUCUGUUUUGGGCCCGAAGCGCGGCCAAGAGGCUCAACACCGUUGGCAGGUUGCGACUACCGCGUUCUGGACGACGUCACCUGAUUUGGAAGGGGUUGGAACAGACCGUGUCAUUUCGACGUUGACAGCAUUGCCUCUGAGGAAGAAUGGGGAGGUUGACGCUAUUCUCGCAGUGGGGGAGCUCGAAGCUGUGGUGCUGUCACCGAAAGGCAGCCACGUGGCGCAGGUGCCCCUUCCAUCAGCCGGAUCAGCGCCUAUAAUAUAUGAUGAUUUUUCAGGUGACAAUUUGAACGACCUCAUCCUUGUAACCAAAGAUGGCAUCUUUGGUUUUGUACAAACCAGGCAACCGGGAGCUAUCCUGUUUCUUACCUUGAUGGGUGUACUGAUAUUGGUGAUGGGCGUAAUCUUUGUCACCCAGCACUUGGGCUCUGGUAAAGGGAAGUCCAAAGCGGGAGAGAGACGUAGUGCUACUGCCAUUUAGAGCCUUUUAGUGUGCCGACUUGUACCUGACGGCGAGGUAAAUUGUGUUUGUAACUUGAUCUUCAAGAUAGAACAGAGGGGCUGUUUCGCCUCGAUUUGUACGGGUCA